ACGUGCUCUAAUUUAACCCUUUUAGAGUUCCAAGUGACAAUGCCCAAGAAGAAGACAGGAGCGAGAAAGAAGGCAGAGAAGCAGAAACAGCGGCAGAAGGAGAUAAAGGCCGCCUCAGAGUCUCGGAGUAUCGUAAUGGCGCCGUGUAACACUCUCAUGGAGUGCGACAAGUGUAAGAGGAGACAGAAAACCAGGGCUUUCUGUUACUUCUGUCAGUCGGUGCAGAAACUUCCAAUGUGUGCCCACUGCGGGAAGACAAAGUGUUUUGCCAAGACCGGAGACUGCGUCGUGAGGCAUGGAGGUAACUUUGUCACUGGCAUGGCAAUGGUGGGUGCUAUCUGUGAUUUCUGCGAGGCGUGGGUGUGUCACGGAAAGCGAUGCCUCAACACCCACGCGUGCACCUGUCCGCUGGGACCUGCGGUAUGUGUGGAAUGUGAGAGAGAUGUGUGGAGCCACGGUGGGCGGGUGUUCAAGUGCUCAUUCUGCGACAACUUUCUCUGUGAAGACGAUCAGUUUGAGCACCAAGCCAGCUGUCAGAAAAUGGAGUCGGAAGAUCUCAAAUGUGCCUCAUGUAACAGACAUGGUCAGCACACGUGUCUACGAUGUAAGGUGUGUUUCUGUGACGACCACGUCAAGAGGAAGGGAGUCAAGUACGUGAAGGGAGAACCAAUCGGAUGUCCAAAGUGUGGCCACCCAACCAAAGAGACCAAGGAACUCUCCAUGUCCACUAAAGCAUACUCCUACGGUAAACUAGGAACGACAGCUGAUUACGACAGUGAUGAAGCAACCGGAUAUUCUAAUGAGAGCACACCGUAUUAUUAUGGGUACGGUGGAGAGGAGUCUCCUGCAAUCAGUAGCUCUGGUGCCGAAGAUGAAGAAGAUAGUGAAACUGAAGAUGCUCAACAAACGUUUGAAAACUGCACCAUUAGCCAUGAUUCUCCUCAAGAUUCAUAA